AUGGAGGAUGAGGAAGACGAUGUGUUUGAGCCAGAUCCCCACUUCUGGCGUACCACAUUCAAGGAGAUAAAGUCUGAGGAGCGGGCUACGCAAACACCUGGCCCUGUCCUGGCAUUGAACAACGGCAUGCUGCCCUGUGGAAUCGCAGAGGAGCCAAGACCACUCUUCUACGGUAACGCAGGUUUUCGAUUGCACUUUCCGGCACAUUUUGAGCUUGUCGGGGGUCGGGAAGAAAGGCGGCAAGAAAGCGAAGACGCAAUGGAGCAGCGGCGGCCCGUGGCACGCAGCAUCGAGGCCUCCAUCGGUCAGAAACUCCAGCUUAUUGGUGACCAGUUUCAUCGGGAACAGUUACAGCUGUAUCAUCGAAACCAAAGGAUCCGGGGGCCGCUGUGGUGGCGUCUGGCCACGGCCGUGCUGGACCUACUCUCUGACAUGGGCUUCUUGGCCGGACGAGGCGGUGCAAGACGGAGGUGA